AUGUCGGCGAGCGAGGUGCAGGCGGCGCGAGACGCGUUGGCGGUGACGCAGGUGGACGGUUUGUCGACGGAUUUAGCGCCGGUGUCUUCAUUCGCAGAUGCGGGGUUUUCGAAGGAGCUGCUGCGAGUGACGGCACAGUUUAAGACGCCGUCACCGAUUCAAGCGCAAUCUUGGCCGAUCAUCAUGAGCGGGCACGACAUGGUGGGGAUCGCGGCGACGGGUUCCGGGAAGACGCUCGCGUUUGGGAUGCCGGCGCUGACGCAGAUUCACUCGCAACCACCCUGCAAGCCCGGUCAGCCGAUCUGUUUAGUGCUCGCACCGACGCGAGAAUUGGCGCAACAAACGGCCAAGGUGUUUGACGACGCCGGCGAGGCUUCUGGGGUGAGGUGCGUAUGCGUGUACGGGGGCGCUCCCAAGUACGAACAAAAGGCACAGAUGAAGGCGGGCGGCGGAGCCGCGGUCAUCGUCGCGACACCGGGUCGUCUUCGAGAUUUCAUGGAAGAGGGCGUGAUUAAACUUGAUAGAGUGACGAUGUUAGUGCUCGAUGAGGCCGAUCGCAUGCUGGAUUUGGGUUUUGAGCCUGAAAUUCGCGCCAUCGCCGGCGCCACGCGCGCCGAUCGACAAACCGUGAUGUUUUCUGCGACGUGGCCUCAGAGUGUGCAAAGCCUCGCUUCGGAGUUUAUGUGCAAUCCUAUCAAGGUUCGCAUCGGUGCCGAAGGUUUGAAAGCUUCUCAAAGCAUAACUCAAAUCGUCGAAGUCGUCGAGCCGCAGGACAAGGAUAGACAUUUGGCGCGAGUCAUGAAGCAAUAUUUGGGCAAAGGCAAAGAGGUGCCUCGAACCCUCAUUUUCGGUUUGUACAAGAAAGAGUGCGCAAAUUUGCACCAAAGACUUAGCCGUGAAUGGCCAGCAGUGUGUAUUCACGGCGACAUGUCUCAGCAUGAUCGUGAAAAGUCGGUCGAUGCGUUCAAGAAAGGCACGUCUCGAAUCUUGAUUGCCACCGACGUCGCCGCCCGAGGUCUCGACAUUAAAGAGGUGGAGUAUGUCAUCAAUUAUACGUUUCCUCUCACCACGGAGGACUAUGUUCACAGAAUCGGUCGUACCGGUCGCGCUGGUGCAACGGGCUUGGCUCACACAUUUUUUACAUUGCACGACAAGGCGAGAGCGGGCGAACUCGUCAACGUGUUACGAAAAGCUGGCGCAGAAGUUCCAGAAGAACUCACUAAGUUCGGCACGCACGUGAAGAAGAAAGAAAGUAAGUUGUAUGGCGCGCAUUUCAAGGACGUGGACAUGUCGGUGAAGGCUACGAAGAUCACGUUCGAUUAA